AUGCUUCAGGUUUAUCUCGACCCGCGUACGGUCAACUCGAGGAAAGUCCUCGCAGGUCUCGACUUACUCGGCACACCCUUCGAGCUGAAUUUCGUAAAAUUUUUUACCAUGGAACACAAGGAUCCUGAAUAUCUCGAAAUUAACCCCAAUGGCGCCGUCCCAAGCGCCUCAGACGGCUCUGGCUUCAACAUCACCGGAUCAAACGCCAUCCUCCAGUACGCCGCCGACUUCCCCAACAGUAACUCUACCUACUCCCCUAAAGAUCUCAGAGUCCGCGCCGACGUUAACAAGUGGCUCCUGUGCGAAGCCUCCGUCUGGUUCCCUAGCUGCUACGUCCACCUGGUCGAGUACGUCGUCAAGCAGCUCCUCAAAAGUGAGGUCCAGCAGUCCAUCAUCAAUAACGAGGCUCCAAAGUGGAACAAGCUUGCGGGCGUGCUGGAUGCGCAGCUGGCGAAGACUGGAUGGCUGGCUGGCGACGAGCUAACGAUUGCUGAUAUCGCUGUCGCGGCACCGAUGCAUCUUUGGAAAGCCUCGAGGUUGCCGGUUGAGAAGUAUGGUAAUCUGCAGCGGUGGAUGGAGGCGGUCGAGAAACUGCCUUGCUGGGUGAAGACGCAAGGCGCCGUUGAAAAGGCACUGCUACCUGAUCCAAGGACCGUUCGUGCAAACCUCAACCGCAUGUCGGACGUCGAAAAUCCCACCGAGAUCUACUUCUACGAGCCCAAACGAAGCAGCGAAGUUGAAGAGAUCACCAACGUCUCGUCCAUUCACGAUGAGGCCUUCUUCGAGCUGUAUCUGCAGUGUAGAAACCGCAAUGGCGAGAACUACCUAGGUCCAGCUAGCAAACAGAUGACGAGUCGGACACGGAGGAUGACAAUGUUUAUCAUCCUGAUUACGAACGAGACUGAGAUGGAUGAGCGGGCGCAGUUUUUAGGGCAUAGUGCUUUUGACAAUCCGACUUCAGAGCCGGAUGCAAGGACUCGUCAGAGUAUUGAGAUUGGAACGAUUGCAUUACUAUAA